ACUGACCUACUAACAUAGAUUUAGAGACUCGGAGAGCGAAGGAGAGGAAAAGGAAACGCAGAGGGAAGAAUUGGAGCAAACAUGACAUGAGGCGCGCACUGGAAACACGCGGCACCGAGUCCACACUCGCAUAAACCUCCACGAACCUGAGGGCUGGUGUUUGGAAAGUGAGAGAGAGAGAGAGACUGAGGGAAGCAGGCGGUGUGCAAAGCGGAUUGUUGGACUUGACUGUCCGAAGCCUUCCGUGGAUCCCGAGGCAAAGAGCUUUUCAUCUUACAAUCAACUGCAAACCGAGGAGAGACGAGCACAGAGAGCGAGGCUCCCCAGGAGACCGAUCUACACUGACCCCCAUCCAGUCACAACUUGACUAAACCUGCAAAAGGCUGAUCAAGAACUUUUGGAGGAAACCGGUUUUUGUCUCUGUCGCUGAAGUACCAUUUCAAACUGGCUACCACAAGACAAGAAUGGAAAAUCUGACUUCAGCACUCAAGAACUCAGGGAAUAACCUUAACUGCCUUGAGACCUUCAAUGGUUAUGAGGAGUCGCAUCCCUCUGACCAGGAGACUCCAGCUCGCCUUGGGCGCCUCAUAAAACCCAAACCCAAUAUGAGCUGCAGGCGAAAGCGCGAGUUCAUUUCCGACGAGAAGAAGGACGCCUCCUACUGGGAGAAACGUCGCAAGAACAAUGAGGCGGCCAAGCGUUCCAGGGAGAAGCGGCGUCUCAAUGAUAUGGUUUUGGAAAACCGUGUCAUUGCACUGAAUGAUGAGAAUGUGAGGCUCAAGACUGAACUGCUCCAGUUGAAGCUGCGCUUUGGCAUUAUAAGCACAGCCUCUUAUAUUGAAAAGAGCCAGCAGAUUGGUGGAGGCAGCAACACAGGAAAUGGAGGCUCAUCCUCAUCUUCCUCCACUCAGUACUACUCCAGUGGUUACUCCAGCAGUUCUCAGAUGAUAAUGACGUCAGAUUCCUCCGAAACAGAGCAAUCAGGGCGCAGCGAGGGCCACAGGCAGCUGGUGAAAUACUCCCCACGUGGCUCCCUCUCUGACAUGUCAGACAGCUCCUCCAGGGACAGCCCUGAGCCACUCCCCUUUGAGAUCAAACAGGAAGGUGACAGGCUAGAGAUGGACAUUGCCAAUGGCACCACAACCCAGAUCAUGUUUAACAUCCACCGUGGUCUGGCCUCUGUACCCACUCACCACCAGAUCCAGCAGCAUUCUCAGGAGCUGGAGGCUGCGUAUCACAGCCAACAGCAGCAGCUUCAGCAGCAGGAGCCUGUCACUGCUGUCACCAAUGUAAGCCAGCCAGCCCCUCACCCACCUGCUGCCCAGAGGAGCGUCAUUCUGUACGGCUCCAGCAGUGCCUCCUACCCUGUGGACACUGAUGUGCUGGCAGCUCAGAAGCAGAGCAGUGGCAGCAGCUCGACAUUUGUUAGUCGACUGCCCCAGAGCGCCACAGAGACACUGGCUGAAGUGACAAAACAGCUGGAGAGGAAGACAUUAGACUCCCCUUCAUACGAGUUCUCAGACAGCCGCAACGAGGCUGGAGAGAGACAGAUGUAUAGAGUUUGCCAACUUCCCCAGCAGCACCAGCAGGAGAGUGAUUCGUCUGCAGAGCUCCUCCACCAACACAUCGAGGGGGUCAACCAAUCCCACCUGUACCACCAUCUCCAGCAGCCUCAAAAUUCAUACCUCAGUGCCCAAGACGAGGAGCCACCUGUGCUGAGCUACGAAGGUGGGCCGAGGGAUGAGGCCUACUACCAAGGCCAGUCAAGCUCCUCGAGCAAGGACACUUCGUCCAGCGAUGGAUCUCCCCGCAGCUCUGACAAAGAGGCCUCCACGGAUGAUGAUGAGUCCCCCUCCUCAUCCUGCACGGACACGGGCAGCUACGACAACCACCACCACCACCUUACCAGCCUCCACCAGCCUGCCUCACCUUUGCCAUCCCCCCACGGCUGCUCUCAGACGCAGGGCCGGGAUCCGCAGGGGGAGGUGAAGGGCACAGCGUUGCCUCACAAACUCAGACUCAAACACCGGGCGAUGAGCACCGGGAGCGGCAAUUGCUCUGGCCAGGAGUCCCCGACCACGCCUCCCUCUGCCACACCACCUCCCCUGCCCCAACACCCUUACUUUUCCCUCUCUCCACCACAGGACAUUGAGCGAGAGGGCGCAGGCGGAGUCUGUAAGCAGGCAGCAUCAGGGCAGGCGGCGAGGAAGGAGAGCGGGAAAAAGGAGACAGGUGGACGACGAAACAAGAGACGAGAUUAAGUGACACUGACUUUGUAACUUGUCACAAAAGACACGACUUCUCCUGUAGGAAUCACCCUGCCACCAUGCCUUCGCCCUAUAAUCAAAUCCCCUCCUCGAGCCCCUGGGACAAGAAGCUGGGCUUUUUCCACUUCCCUACCCCGAACGUCUCCAAAUAGGCUGGACAUCUUGUAGGGCUGUAAUAUAUUUGUAAAUAUUGUACAGAUUUGUCAUUUCUUACAUCCUCUCCAUACUUACAAGAGCACUUUUGUUUAAUGCGAUGAGAGGAGGAAUGGAACUUCUUGCUUUUCUACUUUUGUCAUUAGCAGAAAACAUCAGCAAAAGCACAUUUUAAUCAAUUACCAACAAGAAUGUGGGAAAGCAAAGUUUUGAGCUUUAUCAGUACUAUAAAUUUGGUACAUACCUUACUGUAGACAAACAUACACACGUAUGGCAUCUGCCUUAAACACAAUCCAAUGCAAACGUACACUGGGGACAUUCCCUCGACCAAAGAAGCACCAACACUACAAAUACUAAGUUCCAUACCUCUUCCCAGACCCUACCUCUACCAACCCUUUCCCCAACCAUCUCCAUUACGAUACGAAAGAUCGCCUUCGCCUUUAUUUUUUAAGCACUUGGUUUGUAUAUUACUGUGAUAUAUGAAUAUAUGUAUCUAUUAUA